CCCACACACACAUUAACGGUGUGUUUCCUGAGAAGGGGAUAGUCCAGGGAAAACUAGGAAAAUACAUCAUCUGUCUAUCUACCUGCCCGUCAAGGAAUUGCUUUCCUCUUCUUUUACAGAGAUUGUGGAGCAAGAGCUGAGCGUGACAGAGUGUUAACAUUUCUGUCAGAGUCCUUACGUGCCAUCAGAAGUUAAAUCGUCGUUGUGCGCCCCUGACAUUGUUGUCGCCAGCUGGUGACAUCAACGCCACUAGUCCACGUCAUCGCUGCCCGUCCGUGACCUCAUCAUCGCCUGGCUGCGACGUCAUCAGUGAGAGCUGCUGAAAUCAUCAGGGAAAACAUGAGCAGCAACUACAGCGUCACUCUCUUAGGCCCCGCCCCCUGGGGCUUCAGACUUCAAGGAGGCAAGGACUUCAACAUGCCGCUCACCAUCUCAAGGCUGACUGAGGGUGGCAAGGCUACCAAGGGUGGCAUCGCUGUGGGAGACAUGGUCCUUUCAAUUGACGGUAUUGCCACAGAAGGCAUGAAUCAUCUGGAAGCCCAGAACAAGAUCAAGAGCUGCACAGGGAACCUCAGCCUCACCCUGCAGAAAGCCUCCAGUGUUUCCAAGCCUCCUCCAGUAGCACCCAAGGACAAAACAUCAGACAUCAUAAAGCCAGUGGCGCUCACCCAUCCCCCACCUCCAGCUCAUUCCCAUCUUCACCCCUCUAACCCCGCCACUGUCCCCUACAACAAACCUCCCACACCUUAUGGCGGCUGUGGAUUGGAGGGGGACUAUCCCCCCUCACGAUCCCACUUUACUGCUUCCAUCCCCUCUCCUUCAUCUGCUUUCACUCCUGCCUCCAUCACCCGUACCACCCCUCCCCCUCCCCCUCCUCCCAUCUCUUAUCCUUCCUCCUCCUCCUCCUGUUCCUCCUCCCCCCCCGGCCUUGUCCCACCCCAGCCAUCAGUCUAUAACACACCAAUCAACCUCUACUCCAAUGAGAAUGCAUGUGAGGUUGCCAUGGGACAGAGGCGGGGCCUGUUGGAGAGUCAGGGUGGAGCCUUACCCGUGCAGUUCAAUGGAGCUCCCAGGAAGCACAUUGUGGACACAGACAUUCAGUUUUACCAUGUGCCCUCUCAUGCCGAUGCCAGCAGGAAGCGCAUCACGGAGGACACAGAGGACUGGCGCCCACGCACCGGAACCACCCAGUCCAGAUCCUUUCGAAUCCUGGCCCAGAUCACAGGCACAGAGAGCGCUCAAGAACAAAAGACUGACAUGGCCAAAAAGACAAAUGAGGAGGCCGAGGAGACUGAACUCAAUAGUCAUGAGUCUGCUGCUAUCAAGACAAUGUCCAAAGGACCUGCAACCGCUCAGGACCGAGGUCCACUGACUGGUUUGAUCACCCCAUCCUUUGCAAUGAAAGGUAACAGUACCACCACCAGUGUCCCCCGGGGGCCCAUCCCAGCCAGACCGGUACCGCAGCCCCACCCUAAAGACGAAGAUUCACUGGUCCAGAUGGCAGAGCACAUCCCCGCAGGCACCCGCACUCCCAUGUGUGGCCACUGCAACAUGGUCAUCAGAGGCCCCUUUCUGUUAGCAAUGGGCAAGUCAUGGCACAAGGAGGAAUUUAACUGUGCCCACUGCCGUACCUCCCUAGCAGAUAUAGGCUUUGUGGAGGAGCAGGGAUCUGUCUACUGUGAACACUGCUAUGAGGAGUUCUUCGCUCCGACCUGUGCCCGCUGCCAGGCCAAGAUACUGGGGGAAGUUAUCCAUGCCCUGAAACAGUCUUGGCAUGUGCACUGUUUCCUGUGUGCUUGCUGUCAGCAGCCAAUCAGAAAUCACACCUUUCACCUAGAGGACGGAGAACCCUACUGCGAACAAGACUUCUACAGUUUGUUUGGGACUGGCUGUCAUGGCUGUGAAUUCCCCAUUGAGGCUGGAGACAAGUUCCUGGAAGCCCUUGGAUAUACCUGGCAUGAUACUUGCUUUGUUUGUGCUGUUUGUUGCACUGCUCUAGAAGGGCAUACCUUCUUCUCCAAGAAAGACAAACCUCUUUGCAAGAAGCACGCCCACACAUUGAAGAUAUGAGCGUCAUGGAGUCUUUUCGACCUGUCUCAGCUAGGACUUAUUGUCCCCCCCCCAAAUCAUAUUUUCUUCUUUGCGAGAUGGAAG